CCAAGAAAUUGAUUACUUUGUUUAAUGGAAUCAAUGGUGAAGAAGCUGAAGAAGAAUCUGACAUAUGGGUUUUUCGGAAGAAGUAAGGAAGAAAGGAGGUUCUUGGAGAACGGAAGCAUCUUCUUGAAAGAGCUCAUCGCCGAUUGUAACGGUAAAUCCAUUCCUUUACGCAGUUUUGCUUCUUCCCAGAUCUUGAAAGCCACCAAGAAUUUUGACUCCAGUUGUUUUGUCUCUGAGGGAGCAAUCUACAAGUGGUUUAAAGGUAUCAUAGAAGAUAAACACUACUUGAUCAAGAGAUUUCACGAGGAUAGAUUCAUAGAAAACGAAGUUAGAGAGCCUUACAAAGACGUAGUCUUGUCUGCUCGAAUGAGCAAUCACAGCAACUUUCUGAAACUAGUUGGAUGCUGCUUCGAGUUCAGUUUUCCGGUUUUUGUGUUUGAAUAUGCAGAACAUGGAGUUCUGAAUCAGCGAGGAUGUAUCACAAUUAACGGGGAAGAGUCUAUAUUGCCAUGGAGUGUACGGUUGAAGAUAGGAAAGGAGAUUGCAAACGCUGUGACUUAUCUUCACAUGGCAUUCCCUAAGAUCACUAUACAUAGAGACAUUACGCCAAGAAAUAUUUUCUUGGACAAGAAUUGGGCUGCAAAGUUGUCUGAUUUCUCGCUCUCCAUAACGCUCCCUGAGGGAAAAUCAAGAAUAGAAGCUACAAGGAUUGGGGGAUCCUACGGGUUCCUCGAUCCAUUACAUUAUGUCACAAAAUUUGUGACUGAAUACACUGAUAUCUACAGCUUUGGAGUUUGUUUGUUGGUUUUUCUCACUGGCAGACCGCCUUACGACCACGCAAAAUCUGAUGGGGUUAUCAAACAUAUUGCUGGCUGUGUGAAAGACUUAUAUGAGGAUGGGAAGCUCGAUGAAGUAAUUGAUCCAAUGAUGGCAAAGGACAUCACAAACGGCCAAAGAUUGCAAGUGGAAGCGUGUGUGAUGCUGGCUUUGAGAUGCUGCAAGGAGAGAGAUGAAGACAGACCAAAGAUGAUCCAAGUAGCUAAGGAACUCAAGCGGAUUGAGCGAAUAGAACCGUUACUAGAUGAUUCUAUGUCUAGAUUGUUAAAGCCAGAGAUGCUGGAAGAUGGGUCAAGUAUGGUCAAGUGGACAAAGAAAUUUGGAAUCAAGAUUGAGAUCAUGCUCAUACUAAGUUUCUGUAUCACUGGAUUUCUCAUUGCAUUACUUUUUGGGUAAAGUUUCAGAACAUGUAGAAUGGUUCUAAAGUUUCUGUAGGAGCUUUGGUGUUGAAGUAAGGAGGAGUGUGUUUCUAAGCUCAAAUCCUAUAAGCAUAUAUAUUUGAGAUUUUGGCUUCAAUGCUUUCUUUUUAAACCGAAUUCAAUAUUAGUAGGAUUCAAAAUUGCAGUCUUUCUGCUUCA